AUGAAAAAAUCUGAUGCUACUUCUCUAGCUCAAGAAAUAGUUAAACUUAUUCAGGAGAAUAAUUUGGACAUCAAUAAAUGCAUUGCUCAAUGUUAUGAUGGUGCUUCAGUGAUGAGUGGUGUUUAUUCGGGUGUGCAACAAAAAAUCAGCGAAAUUGUUCCUCAUGCAGUGUACAUUCAUUGUUAUGCCCACCGAUUAAAUCUUUGUUUGGUUGACUGUAUACAAAAUGUGCCCUUAAUAGUUGAUUUUUUUGAUUCUAUUCAAAAUUUCUAUAAAUACUUGAUGAAUAGUCAAACUCGUUAUGAACUUUUCAUAGAAGCUCAAAAAAAUAAAAAUGUUAAAGUAAUUCAUUUAGAAAGGCUGGUUGAUACUCGUUGGUAUUAUUGGUAUACUUCAUUGCAAAAAGUAAGAAGCCGAUAUACUGUAAUUAUCGAAGUAUUAACUUUUCUGACUGAGCAUGGCGAUCAAACAGUUAGAGCAGUAGGACUACUCAAAAUAUUAUCUACUUUUAAAUUUAUUAUGAUUUUGGAGGUAAUGGUUAGUGUCCUAGAAUGUAUACACUGUUUAUCAUGUGAACUUCAAAAUUCUAGUAUUAUUCUAUCAAAGGCCAUGUUAUUAGUGAAAUCUUCAAGGAAUAAUAUCUUAAAAUUACGCUGUGAAGAAUCGUGGUUGAAAUUUCAUCAUAAAGCAACUGAAAUAGCAAUUUGUAAUGGCAUAAAAACCCAAACUCAUAGUAAACAUGAGAAAAGAAAACAGACUUUCAACAAACAUUUGAAUGAUUAUUUUGUACAAUCAACUUUGGGAAAAGCUAGAUGUAAAGAAAAAGAUGUUUCAAGUUUAAAAGUUGAACUGUUGUAUCAAGUAAUCGAUAGGAUUGUAACACAGUUAGAUGAACGUUUUUCCAAAAAUGAACAAGUUUUUGAUAUAUUUAAUGUAUUUGACUAUACAAAUGCUGACUUCCUUAAUGCAGAAUUUGUUGCUGUUAAUAAGUUCUUAGACCACUACAAAGGUUUUCAAAUUAAUUCUUUAAGCCUACCAUCUGAGUUUUCUUCAAUUAAGGCAACAUUAGAACUAGAAAACAUGUCCCAAUUUAAAUUAGAAUUAAUAUUCAAUAUUGUUUUAAAUCUACCAUUUGCAUUUCCUGAAACAAUAAAAAUAUUGUCUAUAAUGAUAAAAAAUUUCUUAAGAACAUCAAUUGGUGAUGAAAGGUUGAACGAUUUAAUGGUUCUUGGAGUUGAAACUGAAGAGGCAAAACAAAUAAAUUUGAAUGAUGCAGUUGAUGAUUUUGCAAAAAUGAAAGACAGAAGGUAUCCGCUAUACUAA